GACGACGACCCCAACGACAACCGUACCUGAGCCCUUUCACGAUCCCUUUUAGGAGGCUCUGUCAAGAUGACUGUCCAGAACCACAGUUUGGCCUCUUCCCGCCGGAAGUCGCGCAAGGCGCACUUCAACGCUGGCUCCGGUGAGCGCCGUGUCAUCAUGAGCGCCCCUCUCAGCAAGGAACUCCGUGAGAAGUACAAUGUCCGCUCUCUCCCCAUCCGCAAGGACGACGAGGUCACCAUUGUCCGUGGAGGCCAGAAGGGCCGUGAGGGCAAGAUCACCAGCGUUUACCGUCUUAAGUGGGUUGUCCACGUCGAGCGUGUCGUCCGCGAGAAGUCCAACGGCCAGAGCGUUCCCCUCGGUAUCCACCCCUCCAAGGUCGUCAUCUCCAAGCUCCACCUCGACAAGGACCGUGAGCAGAUCCUUGAGCGCAUCGGAAAGGGACGUGAGGCCGCCAAGGCCAAGUCUGCUUAGAGGGUUUUGUCCGGGGUUUAAGUUCAUGUUGCAAUGGCGGUGACGGCGCUGGAGUUCUGAAAGACUCGCCAAUGCGAGAUCCAACCUCCUAUGAUCAGGAUAUAUCUGCUGGAAUGAAGAACGAAAAAAUCUACUUCCUCGGUUCAUGGUCUGCGCCACGGGUUUUCAAGCCGUAGUGCUGGACUGUUUCCCCUAUAAGCGUAUCUAGGGAUAAUUUACCGGCAGCGACUCGAUUGUCGGAAGGCCGUUUUC